AUGUUAGAUAAGAAACACUAGAAAACUUAAGAAAAAUUGACUUAGAAUUAUCAGAAUGCUUAUUUAAUAAAUUAAACAUAAGAUAAUCAAACACUUUCUUAUUAAUUGAAAUUAAUAGACCUACCAUUAAACUCAAAUUCAACAUCAAAUAUAUAACUUAGUGAUCAAAUCCUAACAUCGAAAAUUCCCACUGAUGGAAUGAUUUAAUAAAUUAGGGAAUAUUUAAUUUACAUAAUAGAAAGAGGAGUUGUUUUUCCUCAAAUUCUAUCUUUUGUAAAUAUCUCAAAAGAUAAAGUUACUUUAAAUUAUUGUGAUGCAUUGUUGAAACAAUUAAAUAGAAUUCGUAAUAAAUUAGAAAAAGAUAAAAGUUCAAAUUCAGAAAUAACUUAAAAAUCUGAUACAACUAAAUUAGAUAAUGAUGAAAAAAUAAUACUAAAAUUACUUUAAUAUUUUACUAAUAAAUUAGCUGAUUUUGGAAUGAAAAGAUUUAAAAUGCAUCAUUUAGAUUUACAAAAUAUUAGAAUUCAAUAUAAUUUAUGUAGACAAAUUAAAAAUUAAGUAAUUUAAAAUUCCAAAAUAUUAAAAAUGAUUAUUUAAUAAGUUAAAAUUAUUCAUUCAGAUUUAUUAGCAUUAGAAUUAAAUUAAUAGUAAAUGAGUUCAGAUGAAUCUUAACAUGUAUAACACGAAUUAAUAUCAUAAAAUGAUAUAUAAAAUGGAUCAUUAAAUUAAUUUGAUCAAAACAAAGAUAAAUUUAAUUAAUGUCUUUAUGAAGAAAAAGAUCAAUCUGAAAAAGAGAAUAAAAUAAGAAAGGAAUUUGCAAUAAAAGUGUUAAUGUUGAAAUUAAUAGAUUUAUAAAUUGUUGUUCCUCAUCUACUUAAAUUAAUAAAAUUUAUAUAUUUUAGUAAGAGACAUAAAAUACCAGAUAAAAGAGGGAUUUUAAUUAUAUAUCCAUCAGAUUAAAUAAUCUUAUAAUUAUGCAAAAUGCCAGAAUUAGCUAAAUUUGCACAAUAAUUUAAAUUAGAAUAAAUCUUAUGUUCUUUUAUGAAUCCUAGUGCAUUAGAGAAAUUUCAUCUUGAAAACCCUAAUUAUUUAAAAGUAGAUUUGAAUAAUGUUUUAAUCUCCUAUUUAUAAUUAAUAAUCAAUAAUUACUUUAAAUAUUAGGUUGAAUUAAUUUAAAUAUACAAAGAUGAAUAAUUUAAAAUACUUCUAUAGUAAAUUUGGUAAUUAUGUGGUCAAAAUAUUAAAUAAAUACUAUUUAAUAAGGUAGAUCCAAAUGAAUAAUUUAAAUCCUUUGGAUGCAAUAUCUUAUAAAUAGGUACUUAUUUAUUUAAAAUAAAAAAUUUAUUGGAAUCAAAUUAAGAUAUAUCAGAAUAAUUAAGAAUAGAAUAAGAUACUUGUAAAUUUCAGUUAAAUUCAAAGACUAAAAAAACAUCAGAUAAGGUUUCAACUAAUACUAAACCAAUUUUUAAAUAAUUCAUCUAAAAAAUGACUAUGUUGAAUAAAUCUUUUCCAUUGUUGUUAAAACUUUUACAUUUAACUAAUUUUACUAUUAAGGUUAUACCAAGAAAGAAAGUGAUGGAAGCUAUUGUUUAAUAGAAAUAAUUCAUCAAGUUUAUGAAUAUAUGUUAUAAUUAUCCUUUAGAGAUAGAAACAAUUUCUGAUAGAGUGUAAACAAUAUUCUUUAGUGAAAAGUUUUAAAUUUAAGAAACCCAUCAUGUUACUUGGCCAUAACUAAUUUUAAUGGCUCUUGAAUUAAUUUAUUAAUAAAGAGAGUAAAAUAAACAAUUAAUAUAUGAAGCAGUUCAAACUAAAUAAUAUUAAUUAAUUUUAAGAGAAUUAGAAACUAUAGAAGAUCCUCUAGAACUUCGUUAAAAGACGAAAGAAUUAUUAUUUUUACUUAAUGAUUAUGUAAAAUAAUAAAAAAAUGAGUAAUGA